AAUUUUUUGUAUUUCCUGACUUCCGUGUCUACUAAACAGCAACAAUUAGAUCUAGAUCUAUAAACUUGAAUUAGAGAUCUUGCCAUCUAGACUAGAUCUAGAUCUAUAUUAUAUAUAGAGAGAUCUUGACUCUAUAACUCUAUACUUUAUUUUCUUAGAUCUGUUUUACCAAUACAGAAAUGUUCUCUAGGAUACUGCCAUUCAAAGCAAUAUUAAUAAUAUGGUCUUUAUUUUCUACAGGCAAUGGAAUUAUUGUGAAUGUAAAUGGAGGAAACUUUACAUAUUGUAGUGGUAAAAAUGAGCCCUUACAGCUGCCCAACCCAUUCCCGGAAGUUUCUGGAAGUUAUGAGAAAAUGAUAGAUGACCCAACUUUUGUUGAAUAUUCUUGGACCCUUCAGAAGCCUGGCCAAAAAGCGAAUAAAUUUUUUUCAGUCUUACGCACUGUAAAUAAGAGCAAAAUUCCAAAUAUUGUCUCUUAUAAUACCUGGGGAAUACAGAUAAAUGAUGUGGGGCCAGAUGAUUCAGCUAUGUACAUAGCCUUAUGGCUUUCAAUUAAUAGAGAGAUAUCAAAGAAUAUUACCAUAAUCGUUGCAGAUAAGCCAAUAUUGAAAUCUCCAAAAUUAUUUAUAAAAGAAGAGACGGCAACCGAUCGAUCAAAAGCAUUUAAAUGUGGAGAGAUAGAAUUUUUAGGAAAACCACCAAUUAGAAUUGUUUUGAAGGCAUCCGAUGGAACAAUUCUACCUUCAACUUUCAUUGAUGGCUUUCAGACUUUGACAGUACCAGCUGAGCAAAAUUAUGACAAUGUGCUCUGUGAAAUAGACAGUAACUCAGAAGGGUUCCAUUGUGUACCACAGGCUGACUUGGAAAAAUGGGAAGGUACUGACUUAAAGACUGGAAGUUCAAUAAGAGAAGGAGGCAUCGAUUGGAUCUACAUUGUGAUUGGCUGUGUUGGGUUCCUUUUUCUAACAGUUGCUAUUGUAGUUAUUGUUGUGUUAUGCAGGAAGAUGCAGCCUGAGAAGAAGUACAGUGCCAAAGAAGAAGAAGCAAAGCUGGAAGUAGGUAGUGCUGUUGACAUACCACAGAGCAGAAAAGCUGAUGGUAGUAGCUCUGGCAAGAAGUCACCAAUCUACAAGGGCUCUGAGACAAAUUAUACUGCCUCCAAUAGAAACAGCUACCCACGCUUUCAGCCUGCCCAGCAGGAAGAUUAUGAAGAGUAUGAAAUGAAUGGCAAAGGUGGUUCAAGCGUUGACCAUCCGCCUCCAGUGGCCCCCAAGUACAGAAAAAAGAGUGAACCCAUCUUGGACGCCAAGGGAAAUGAGGUCAGGCCGCCGGAGAAGAAGCCUAGGAGUAUCUUCUUGACACCUAGCAUGGAAGAGCUAGAUAAAAUCAAUGAAGCUGUCAGGGGAGGUAAAGGCAGUCAGCCAGCAGGCACAAUGGUUUAACAUUGGCGUCUGCAGAAUCAAAAUUUUUUUUUCUGCCAACAUUCGGUUUAAAUCUCCUGUCCCAUCACUUGCUGCAUGGUCAAAAUAAAAGCAACACUUGCAUCAAGGCUUCUAACCUGUAAUGAUCAAUUCCAUUUUGUCUGCCUAGAGUUGGCUUAUUGCUGAUUGUAAGAAAUGGUUGCAAUGAACUGAUUAAAAAUUGUGCAAAACUGCAACUCAUUGUACAGGUUUUUAUCAUGUGUAAAUAUUUGAAGAGGUAUUUUACUAUGCUCAAUGUUAUUUUGUAAUUUGUAAUGUGAUAUUAUAUCAUAGGAAUGCUGGUGCAAGUGGAAAGUAAUUUUGUACUAGACAUCACUGGUGCCAGCCAGAUUGUGACUAGGAUCAACUAGAUAUUAUUGAUGCAUUUGAUUUUUCAAAGAUGUCUAACCCACCAGUCCUUGUCUUGUUUUACUGUUUUGUGUGGACAUCAACGUUUCAUGAUUUUUGUUGACUCCAUUCCAUCAGUUGUUGUGUUUGAGUCAAAUCAGAUUAGUAGAUAAGUUUUUAGUUUUAAUAUUGGCUCCAAUUUCUUAAAGCAGAUGAGCUGCCUCUUUGGUGUAAUGACCCAGUCAUCAAAUUGAAAUGGGUGAUAGUGUCCAAAUAUAAUUUGAGCCCUGCGCCCUGUCCUCGGGUUUGAAAUCUUAGUCUACAAAUAUUAAAAGGAAGAUGGAAGACUGGCAUGACAGCUUUAAUGGUAAUGACCUGAGUACGGAAAAGAAAACAUGGUCAGUGUACUGAACUGAUAAAAUUUAAACCCAGCAUAAUGUCAUUCAAUAAUGUCAAAAGUCUGGACAUCCUGCUGGCCACUCAGUUCACUCCAAUGCCAGUUGCUUAAAGAAUUUCCCAUUUUUUAAAUGCAAGAAUAAAUUUGAAAUUCUAAAACAUUUUUAUAGAUUCAUUAAAUUUUGUCGCAUCUUCUAAAAUAAAAUAAAAAAUAUUAUUUUACUGAGAGUUUGAGUGCAUUGUGGCUUAAAUUUAUGGUAGCUAUUGUCUUACUAUUAUAUAUCUAUGAAUAUGAAUUAAACUGCCUCUGUAAAUUGUAUUAACAAAUUUCUUUUUUUUUUAUCCAUUUAUAAAUGUUUAUUCAGGUUCCAGUUUUCAUUUUUUUUUUUUAUGUGUUUAAUCUAUAAUUAUCAACCAUUAUGAUUAUCCUUUUUUCUUCAGAAAGGGAAACAGGGUCAUUAAUCCAUUUGUGUGUACAGUUUAUAAUAGUAACAUUUAUUUGCUUAGUUUACUGUCAGAAGAAUGAAUAUUUCUGCCUUGACUGUUGUACAGAGUGAAUUAUAUUUGAACAUUUCAGAGAAAUGUCUCUUCCUCCAUCCCCCCAACAUGUCUUUAUGACUUCAAAAAUGGAAAUCUCUGAGCAAUGAGCCACUUAGGAGACCCCAUAGCAUGAUAAGAAAAAAAAUUUUUUUAGCAGCAUUGCCAAUUUCUAAGAAUUGUGUUCCAAGACUUCUAAAAUGAACUGACCAUUUGAUGUUAUCAAGAGACGUUCAUUUGAUUGGCUUGAUGAUCUGUCCACACCUAACAAUUGACUGUCUCAUUUAGACUUUUAAUUUGGGAUAACUUUGAACAAUAUUUAUAUGAACUAAUUUUUUUUUUAUAUGACAUUAGAAUAUUUUGAAAAGUUAAUUUAAUGUCAGUCUGCAAUACAGACAGUGGCCACUCUCUACUGUAAGACAAACCUUUUUCUUAUUUUUUUAAUAAAAACAUUCCAUGCUUUAUCCUUUAAAACAACUUCAUUUUUGGACAAUUGCUACAUCCCCCUGGAUGUGGCUUCUGAUGUGGUAAAAAAAAAAGUAAAGUUUCCCCUUUCUGACCUUGCAAUGUUAAGGUCUGUCAUCUGUUUCUUUGGCCAAUGGUUAACGAGCAGGGUUUUAUGUGGCCAGGACAACGACCAACCGACUUUACUUUUCCUUAACUAAAGUAAGGUACCCAAUAGAGCUGGGUGGUCUCAGGGGCGCCUAAAAAUCCUGAAAUUCAAAAUCACAGUUUACACCGACAUUUGAACCCAGAGCCUCAGGUUUGGAAGCCAAGCACUUAACUAUUCGACCACAGCGCCGAAUUUACAGAUAUUGUCUUAGGCACUAUAUAUAUAUAUAUAUAUAUAUAUAUAUAUAUAUAUAUAUAUAUAUAUAUAUACCAGUACAGUGGAGUCUUGAUAAUCCAAAAUGAUUGAGACGAAACCCAGUUCAGAAUAAUGAUUAUUUCAGAUUAAGCAAAAUUAUUUCUAAAUUAAACCUAGCAAGCAUUGGUAUGAAAUACAACUUGUAAUUACAUGUAAGGAUGCAAAUGAUGUGGAUGAGUGGUAACAAGCUGAUGAUAUUGGUCAUGAAAUUUUAAAUGAUCAGCAGAUUGUUGAAAUGGUUUUGAAGAGCUAGACAACUCAUAUGAGAGUGAAGCAGACGAUGAUAGCGAGCAGAGUGUAUCCAACAUGGAUGCUACAGUUGCCUUUGAUGUAGCACUUGACUACAUAAAACAACAACUUUACCCCAGCAUGUUUUGUUUUUGAGGUGUUGACCUAAUUUCACUUCAAAAGAGAGGUCAUCUUCUCUUAGACAAAAAAACUGACCAUUUUAAACCAAUAUAGUUUAGAACCAAUUUUAGUGCCGUACAUAAUACAGUUUUUCACGGUUCUUUGUUUUUUAUUCCUAAAAAUAACAUUUCUGUUUCACAUUAAGUGGACUUUAAAAUUACCAAAGUUUGAAUUAUCUGGACUCCACUGUCUGUGUAUAUAUAUAAUCCAGGAUAGUACACAAGUUUGUAUUUGAGUACCAGCUUUUUUCUUCAUCUACAUUGUUCCCCUUGUCUCAGCCUUUUACACUAUCCCAGUGCUUACUGUGUCUUCCCAUUACAAUGUUCACUAGCACCAAACUUCUUCACUAUCCCAAUGCUGACUGUAUCUAUAGCAGUUGUUUUUUUCUCAUUUACAUUAUUCCAAUUUUCCAUGUGCCUAUAGAAGUCUUUGUGGCUGUAUCCUGAUGUUCCAUAUGGCUAUAGAAGACUGUAUCCUAGUGUUCCAUCUGUCUGUCUAUAGAAGACUGUAUCCUGGUGUUCCAUCUGUCUGUCUAUAGAAGACUGUAUCCUAGUGUUCCAUCUGUCUGUCUAUAAAAGACUGUAUCCUAGUGUUCCCUCUGUCUGUCUAUAAAAGACUGUAUCCUGGUGUUCCAUCUGUCUGUCUAUAGAAGACUGUAUCCUAGUGUUCCAUCUGUCUGUCUAUAGAAGACUGUAUCCUAGUGUUCCCUCUGUCUGUCUAUAAAAGACUGUAUCCUAGUGUUCCAUCUGUCUGUCUAUAGAAGACUGUAUCCUGGUGUUCCAUCUGUCUGUAGAAGUCUAUAAAAGACUGUAUCCUGGUGUUCCAUCUGUCUGUAGAAGUCUAUAAAAGACUGUAUCCUGGUGUUCCAUCUGUCUGUAGAAGUCUAUAAAAGACUGUAUCCUGGUGUUCCAUCUGUCUGUUACAUUUUUUUGUUCCCUUCAGCAUCAGUGUUGUUUGUUCUCAGACAUAUGCAUUUAUUGAGUUUCUUUUCUGACUUUAUUUUGCUACAAAACAAUCUUGAAGUAACCAUAUCAUUUCCCUUUUUUAUUUAGCUGCUUAAUGUUUUGAUACACUUAUUUCAAAAAUAAUGGUUGAUAAAAUUGUUAUUGUUUUUUUUUAUAGUUUUCUUCUAAGUUCCUAAGUUGUAUAAAAUAUUUUUUUUUUUUCAUAAUUUAACUGAGCUUGUUUCUUCUUGUUCCUUUAGAUAACUACUUAAUGUAAAAAAAAAAAUAAGCUGCAAUUGACUGUUGAUUUUUCAUAGUUUGUCAAGUAAAAUGGCAACUCCUCAAAAUUAUUGUCUUUUCUUUUUUUCUGAAAAUUAUCAGUGAUUUCUAAAAAAAAUAUUUUUUCUCUUUUGGAAUAAAUCAUAUGUAAUAUUUAUAAAAAUAAACUCUACUAAAAUCUAACUAAUAGUUUGUUUCAACAUAAACUUUCCUACUUGAAAGGUAUAGACAAUCAACAAUAAUUAUAAUCCUGAUAUAAAGAUGGUUGUAACAAAUCAGUUGAAAAAAUAUAUUGAGGCUUUAGUUGUAUUUUUGACUUUGUCAUUCCAUAGUCGUGUGAUUGUUUAGAAUGUAAAGGAAAUGGUUGAACAGCCUGAAGCUCUUUGUAUAUACACAUAUCUAUCUAUAGUCUCUAUGCUUAACUUUGUUCUAUUUGAUUGAACUUAUCGGACUGGUUUCACUAGUUCCAUUCAUCAGCACAACUUGACCAUCACUAUAUCAUAGAUUUUAACAAGAAUCACAAGAUGCUUUACACAAUAGCCUGCUGAGAAAAGCCAAGAAUGUUUUGUUCACCAUGUCAGCAAAUUAGACAGCAAAUACCGGUAUAUCCAAUCUGAUGGUACAGCAAGUUGGGUUUAAGAGGAAACAAAUAGUUGUGUGCAAUCAAAAUUGUUUGUAAACCAGCAGUUCCGCUUUUUUUUUUUUCUUUAACUGAUUAGAGAUACAUUUUUUUUAUUGACCUAGAAUUAUAUAGUUCAACGAUAGUACCUAUGUUUCAAUCGAGUUUUGAUUUGUAUCAUUACUUUUAGGUCAUAACACAUUAUGUAAAGGUUAUACAUGUCUUAUAUACUUCUCAUUUUAGUGCUGCUCAUAGAUUUGGCUAGAUUUUGUUCUAGGUACUUGUGAUCUAGAUAUUAAAAUUUGAACUGAAAUGAUAACUCCAACAUAAACAUUUUGUUUCAAUACAUUUAAUUUGUUUAAAGACAGAUGCCUAGGUUAGUAUGAUUAGCUAGAAUGUCUCUCUUAUUUAUUUUUAGACAUAGAUAUACUCAUUUUUGUUUUGCAUAAAUUUGGAAUUGAUAUUUGUAAGUGAAUGAAGUUUUUUGCUUUUAACACUGUAUAAUUAAUGAUUGUAGACAAGGACAGAACAAAGUGUGAACUAAGUCCAUGAGUGGUUUGAUUUCAGCUUAUGUGACUAACAGCAUUGCAUGUUGUUCUUGGCUACAUUGCCAACAGAGUUUGCAUUUUUUAGAAGGGAGCUUUUUUUUUUGUUCAGUGUUAGAUGCAAUUAAGUAUUGGUUUAUAAAAGUGAGUGACUAGGUUUUGUUCUUUGAAAAUACAUAGGUUAUAAUAGUCUAUAGAAAUUAAUACAAAUCAUUGUUUUCAAAUUACGUGUUUUUUUUCAGGGGAAGUUCAUUUUCUACAUAUGAUAAGAUAAUUUGAACGCAGACAUUGAUGUUGUAGUAAUUGUUAAGUUGUGACUAGUAAGUCUGCUACUGUACUUGAUGGUCCAACAGAACCUGAGAUGUGAACGCUCAAGCAGUGGUUUUUUUUUGGUAGUGAUUGCACAGAUAUUGGAUUUAUUGUAUCUUAUGAAUCUUGGCUGAUAUCCAAGAUUUCGUUCUUUUGCCAAAAGAACAAAAAAAGUUUCAUAGUUGACUAUUACUCACUCAUCAAAUGCUAUAUGAACAAUUUCUGUGAAACUUUGUCUUUGAGCUGUUUUUCUUAUUUAAUUAUAAUACCAAGCUGACCUUAUGCCUGCAUAUCUACAUGAGUUUUUGUCCUCUCAUUUGUGACCUUUGCCUUUUUAUGGAACUCUCAACAAUAAAAACAACAAAAUAGUUUGGUUGUUAAUCAAGUGUCCUUUGCUUCUUACAGCUCUUUAUUUGCAGCCAUGGCUAAUCAUUUGAAGACUGGAUUUAUGAAAGUGUAAGAUUUGAGUUCAUUAAGCUAUGAGUUUCUUUUGUAUAAACUACACAAAAAUAACAUUAAUAUGUAUGUAAAAAUGAAAUUUUAAAUGCAUCUUAAGUUGCUUUUUUUUCUGUUACUUGCUUUCAGCAAAUAUUUUUGUGUGCGCCAAAUGUAAAAUAGCUACAAAUAUUUUAUCUUUUACUCAUAUAUAAUUUCAAUAAUGAAUCUCAAGUAAAAAGUUAAAAUAUUAUCAGUGUAGAAAUAUUUCUCUUAGCAAAGUUGUGCAGCAUCCUGUCAAUUUUAUAAAUAUUUUAAGAUUGUUUAAUAAGAGUAGAAAAAUUAAAAGCAAUUAAUGUUUCACUUCUCUUCCUAUACAUGUUAAUUUUUACACUUAAAAAAAAAAAACCUCUACAUUCCAGACUUUGUGAUGAGAUAGUGAAUUUGUUUUUACAAUGACAUUAUUCUUAAGAUUUAUGAAUGAUACAAACGACUGAACUGUAAAACUUUUGAAAAGAUUUGUUUUUUUAACUGAAAAUUCAUUGAAAUAAAUACAUUUUGUGUUUAUAAUGCAAUGUGUGCUGUGAUGUGUUUACACUACAUAAGUUAAAAAUAAGUCAAGACAUUAGUGACUAAUUUUUAAUUAACACAUGCUACAAACAAAAGAAGAAAAUGUUUACAGUGAUUAACAUUCUAAAUAAACCCAGAAAAGCAAAAGAAGUCCUACCUAGGGUUACUAAUAUCAUGUUACUAAUAUCAUGACAUAGUAUUCCUACAAACAGAACAGCUGUAGCAUAAAAAGAAAGCACAAGAAAACAAGUAUGUCAAUCCAAAGAAUGAUUAGAUUGUUUGAGCUAUUGUGCAAACUCUGUUUAAAAUAAAAUAGGUACAAUGUUACUGAAUAAUUUCACAGGCAGAACAAAAAAAAGCAAUGCAUGAAAUGAAAAUAAAGAAAGGUUCGUUACUCUAAUAAAAACUUUCAUUUCAGAGCAUAAGUGAGAUUCAAUUAAAGAGAUUUAAAAUGCUAGCAAGUAAAUAUUGUUCAUUUGAUUUAUUUUUUUUUAAGACUGAUGGAAUGACCCAAGUCAAAGCAACAAAAAAAUAGAAAAAGACAGUAAUAUUAAGAGAUGUACAUUUUUACACAAGAAUAUUUGGCUAUUGUAUAAAAUAAUAUCAUUUUAUUUCCAAGAGAUUCAAAGCACCCUUAAAUACAAGGGAACUCUUGGUGUUAAGACUAAAAUAUAAAACUCAAAUGAUUCUAAGUUGAUGCAUGUUAAAAAAAGUGACAUUUCAAGAUAAGAAGAUAUUGAAGCAUUUUGUCAUCUACUCAAGCACAGACAAUUAUGAGUAAAGAUUAUAAGCAUAAAAUGAUUUUGCUUAUCAUUGUAAGAUUAAACUUAGUUAUCAAGGUGCAAACCACUAGAAAGUCAUAUUACAAAUCAAAAGAAAAAAAGAAAAUAACUUCCAUGUGUUAUAUGUGUAAUAUUUUCAAGAAUUAUUAAGAUAAAAAAAAUGCAACUAACUAGGAACAAAUUGAUGAAUUUGGAAUCGCAUUUCUUGAUGAUGAGCAAAUAUUAUCAUAUUUUCUGCACUUGCUGAAACUAUAAUCCUUUUUGUAGUUUGGUGAACAGCAGCACAAAAAAACAACUUACCCUGCCAGCAAUUAUUUGGAAAAAUAAAAUUGAAGUAGUGAAAGCCUAACAAUAAACAGCUAAGAAUAUCCAAAUGAAAAAAAAAA